AUGAGUCGGAAACCGGCCAAGGCCCGUGCUGCCAGUAGCAAGACCCCUCCAGCUUUCGGCGCAAGCUCCCUCGGUUUUGGCAGUUUCGCGUCCGCCGCGAGCGGCAUCAACCUCUCCUAUCUCGCCGAACCCCCCGAUUUCUCUUCGGUACACGACGCCAAUGUUGUUGUCUGUCUCAAGAACCUACAGAAGAAAGACGCCACCACCAAGGCGAAAGCUCUCGAGGAAUUAGUCGCCUAUGUGCAGGCUCACCCCUAUGAAAAGAAUGGGGGUGUCGAAGAGCCGGUAUUGGACGCCUGGGUGCAAUCGUACCCUCGUACAUCAAUAGACAACUCGAGACGCGUCCGCGAACUCUCCCACGGUCUCCAGUUCGAGCUUAUGAAAUCCGCCCGGAAGCGCAUGGAAAAGAAUGUUCCCAAAAUUGUUGGCCCCUGGCUUGCUGGUACUUUUGACCGCGACAGAGCCGUCUCAAAAGCAGCCACCGAAGGUCUCUCAUCCUUUCUCACCACGCCGGAGAAGGUACUUCUGUUCUGGAAGCGCUGCCAGCAGCAAAUUCUCAACUACGCCAGUGACGCGGUUAAAGAGACAGCAGACACCCUGAGCGACCGCCGUUCCACCAAUUCAGAUGAUGCCGAUGCAAAAUAUUUCAGAGUUCUUGCGGGAGGCCUCGCAUUGGUCUUGAAUCUCCUACAAAAGCUAGACGCUGCGGACGUUGAGAAAUGUAUGGAUACAUAUGACCAGUUCUUUGAUAAUGAUAUUAUAUGGGCAAGCGCAGUUGCGAGCGAUUCUGCUGUGCGGAAAUUAUCGUCUCAGCUCCUGUCAGUAUGCAUCGAGAGGAGACCCGGCCAGGUCGAUGCCGAUUUGCCUCGUAUCAGCAAGAUUUUUGUGGCAGAAGGCCUUAAAAGCAACCAGACUGGCUCUGCUAUCGACUUCAUUGACGUGCUUACCAAAAUAACAACGAAAUAUCCGACGGUAUGGACGUCCGAUUACAGAAGCAAGAAGUCAGCCGUCUCACGGCUCAAACUCUUCCUCGAGUCUGGCUCACAGGCGAGUCCACCGCAUUAUUGGACCAAACUGACUCAGCUCGUUGAAAUGAUACCCAGUGGCAUACUACCUGCAGAUACCGAUGGUGCCAUAGAACUCUUAACGUCAAUGCGAAAGGGGGUUAGCAGUCGCGACGAGCCACGCACCAAUCUAAUUGAGGCCUGGUCCUCAUAUCUUAGCUUAGCGAGGCAAUUUUUGCAAACAGCUUCAUCUAGCGAGGCACGUUUGAAGAUAUCCCAGCACGCUAUCUUUCCAUUGAUCAAGAACUACCUCUUUCCCUCACCUGAGACAUCGGUCUGGUCAUCGGGAAAUCAUCUGCAAAUUCUAAUAAGGGCUUACACCUCAACUACCACUCUGCCCUUUGAGGAUUUAGUUGAAGCUACUAGACUUGAAUGGGGGCAAUUGAAGGACGAGCUUCAGAAUCAUAUCCGCAACUCCCUACCGGAAACUUCGAAAGAGCACCAGAAUUCCCAGAAGUCGGUAGCUGAGACGGGAGGGAAAUGGUUUUCCUUGGCAGGGAAGAUUUUAGACGCGCAUGAGAAAACUGCGACUGGAGACCGCCCAAUCCCAGAUAUUCCAACCCCAUUAUCUUUUGAGCUACUCGAAGAGAGCAUCAAACUACUCAAUACCAGGAAUUGGAAGCCCUUUGGUGUGGCUAUAAUUGUUGAGUCGGCGAUCAAAUCAGCGUCUCCUCUUUUCAGCCGGACACCGGCCUCGUUCAGCAUACUUGAUAAGUUGGAAGAUUAUCUUGUGGAGGGGCGAGAUGUGUUUCUAAGGUCAUGUAGUGCGCCGUUCAUCCUCUCAAGCAUCAUUCUACUGGGUCAAAUUCCGCACCAGCAAAGACAAUUCGAGAAGAUAUGGGAUUCUAGCAUUUCAAUUGUGAUGGAGUUUCUAGAUACCACGGAAGGUAUCCCUGCGCUAAGCAAGCUCAUUUCUAGUACCGAAGCGGCUAUCAUGGCGCAAAAAAAGCCCGACCUACAGGCUGAACUCAUACGGAGGUGCUUAAUGUGUAGCACAGGUCAUCCUGGGUCUAGCUGGGACCUGUUCAACAACGUCUUCACCUUCGGGGUGCUAAACGAGCCUGCCUCAAACAGGCUCGCUAAAGAACUGGCUAGCCAUAUAAAGAACUCUUCAGGCGAGCUGAAUGAAGACGUCCUGCGGGGAUUGCAGAUUAUUGCAGAGAAAAACCCCGAACUAUUGACACGCGACGAGGAAGUCCACAUGGGAUUAAUGACCAGCUUGCUUAGUCUAUCAGAGAAGGGACGCGGAUCCCAGACGGCGACGUUGCAGGCCUUGCUGGGAACUCAAUCAAAUGAAGCGUCCAAUAUUGAUCACCUUAUUCAACAAAAUAUAAAUAGUGCGAGUCCAACCUCACUCUCGGUCGACACUCUCGUUCAACAGGCGAUGCAAGCGCAAGAAGCGCUCCAAGCCUCCACACAAGAUGACAAUUCCAAGGAAAAGAUUUCUUCCCUUCUACCAAAUGUCGAAACAUGGAAGCAACAGCUAUUCGUGCUACUGCAGGAUACUCCGAAUGUUUCUCUCGCACUUACAAAUAGCCUGGGUAGUGCAAGUUUUCUGGCAACAGGCCAGACUCGGGACGAGGUUGCAAAUAUGCAACGAGAUGCCCGAGGCUGUUCUAUACCUGGCCGCAUGGCCUUGUACAUUUCCAAACUGCUGUCUUCCGGUUUCAGCUUCGAUCAAACAAAGUUGUCUUUUAAAAUCGAUUUGAUAAUAAAUAUGAGCGUUACCGCUGAGCUCGCAGCAGAUCAGCUUACCAUGAUGGGCGAAAACGGUGUCUGGAACUCACUAUCCUCCCCUGAUAAUAUAUCGGAUCUUGAGCUUUUAACUACCUCGACUCAUAAGUACCUUAUUGGGAUAGCUGAGCGUGCCCAAGGCUGGCGCGACGGGUCAGGUACAGAGGAAGCGCGACUAGUCCACGCCAUCAUCGCACGGCUGAUCGAAGAGUCGCAAACAUUUUCACCUUCAGCGUUCUAUUUUGCUCGGUCGAUGCAAAAUAUUCUUCAGACACUUGCAGAGCGGCAUGGCUUCCCAUCAAGCGGGGAGCAGUGGCUAGUCGACACAGACUGUCUUAAAUCUUCUGCUUCAACGGUAUACCCGGCCGCUGCGAUAAUAGGCGGGCUCGGCGAGACUCUCAAAUCGUCGAAAUUCAUUAGCACCUUCUGCAAUCGCUUGGUAAGCGACAUUGCUGGAGCUAAGCUCCGUCAAGAUAAGAGUCUAAUAACCCUUAUCCUGCUCAACCUCUGUAUGCAAAUAUAUGAUAUGGGUGAGCUACCAGUUGCGAACAACAGACUAGUUUUUGCUGUCAAGCAAAUAACUUCUUGGUUAGAAACACCAGAUGACCUUGAUAACGCAUUCGCUACGGAGGCUUGUCGUUGUUUACAACGCCUAUUGCCUUGUAUCAAAGACGUCUAUGGGACUUACUGGGAGAAAGCAAUCGAUUUCUGCAUCUAUCUCUGGACCAAACCCCCUUCUCAGCCUCUUGAAUCCCGUUUGCCCGAAAUACAUGCAUCACUGCGGCUCAUAGCCAUUCUUCAGAGUUUAGAGGAUCCAAACGAUGACCUUGUCGAUGUUCUGGAGGCUUCGAUGGCGAGAAAGUCGGCUGCUUUGAUUGAACUACUAAAGCUGCCUAGAGAUAAGCACACCCAGCCUCUCGAAAUAGUAGACUCUAUCCUCUGUAGGCAAGUCGAGAAAUUGCCUCUCCAGCAGUAUGAGGAUCUUUCGGAUCUUUACGGAUUAGUGGCAAAUGACUCCCGCGCGAUACAGACAGCAGCGUUUAGCCUAUUGAACAGAGCGCUUCCAGCUGUGCAAGAGAAGCUCUCUAUAGAGGUUCUCUUAGAAAAGAAAGAGGCGCGACUGCCCGAUGAGCUUUUAUCACUUCUUCUCGGCGCGCCAACAUUGGACUCGUAUCCUGAUGAUAGCAUAGCCCACUUCCCGACCCCCGUCCGAUCAUACCUCCUGUCUUGGCACCUAGUGUUUGAUGCUUUUCAAGCGGCGUCUUUCAAAGUACGGAGCGACUACGCCGAAAAUCUCAAGGCUGAGAAUUAUAUUGGUCCUUUGAUGGAGCUGACCUUCGAUGUACUGGGUCACUCAGCAGCUCAUGGGCUGAACCUAGACCGAUUAGGGUUCACAGAAGAUGAUAUUCGACACUACGACCUAGCUUUAGGCGAAUCGGAAACCGAGGAGAAAAACAUGCAGUGGCUCUUCAUACACUUAUACUAUCUGGUAUUGAAAUUUGUCCCAGGCCUGUUCAAGGCGUGGUACAUCGAUUGUCGCUCUAAGCAGACAAAGAUAGCCGUCGAAGGAUGGAUGACGAAAUAUUUUUCUCCGCUCAUCAUCUCCGAAGCUUUAGAAGACGUAGUCAAAUGGAACAACACCCAAGAAACACCUGUGGGCGAUGAGAAGGAGCUAAUUGUGAAGGUUAGUAGAGCGGCGAGGGAAGUCAUUGCCGGCUACGAAGUAGAUGAUCUCAACGCUUCCAUCGCUAUCCGCAUCCCUCCCGGAUAUCCACUCGAGGCCGUCACGGUUGUCGGGAUCAACAGGGUCGCAGUGGAUGAACGGAAGUGGAAGAGCUGGAUAAUGACAACGCAGGGGGUCAUUACAUUCUCGGGAGGGAGCGUCAUAGAUGGACUCACCGCAUUUCGACGCAAUGUCGUUGGGGCACUCAAAGGCCAGACCGAGUGCGCUAUCUGCUACAGCAUCAUCAGUACUGACAAGAAGAUGCCCGACAAGCGAUGUCAGACUUGCAAAAAUCUAUUUCACCGCACCUGUCUUUACAAAUGGUUCCAGAGUAGCAACCAAAACACAUGCCCGCUAUGCCGGAACCCAAUCGACUACUUGGGUGCUGACACGAGGGCACGUAGGGGCGGCUCUGGUAUGUAG